AUGUAUUUAGGAGAUUGGAGAAUUAGUGCCGAGGAUCGGACAAAGUACGAUUCGUACUUUCAACAAUGUAAUCCAAUACAAGGUUAUAUUACAGGUGAUGAAGCAAGAAAAUUUUUUGUUCAAUCAGGUUUAUCGGGGGAAAUUCUACGAAAAAUAUGGGAUCUUUCGGACUUGACAGUUGAUGGUCGUCUAGAUAAACGAGAAUUUUUCAUUGCUUGUCAUCUAAUAUUUUCUCAAGUUAAAAAACAUGUACCACUUCCAUUAACACUUCCACCAACUCUUCUCUCUGAUACAAUUACAUUAACAACGAAUGGUAUCUUACCAUCUAUGCCAAUCUUACCAUUAUCAAUAACCCGACCGUCUAUCAAUGUUUGGAGUGCUCCCAGUCAACCGCUAGUUUCAGGUCAACUUUUAAAAACAGCAGUUAUCCCAUCUACAUCAUUAACACCAACGAUUCGAUCAAAAUAUCUCCAACAAUUUCAUUCAUUAGUUGAUGUAACAAAAACAAAUGGAUUUAUGAGUGGUUUACAAGCAAAAAAUAUACUUCAACAAACAGGUUUAUCACAAACAUAUCUUCAUCAAAUAUGGAAUUUAGCUGAUCAUGAUAAAGAUGGUCGUUUAACUCCUGAUGAAUUUGUAAUAGCAAUGCAUUGUUGUGACAUUAUACGUGCUGGUCAAAAUUUACCUGCACGUAUACCAGAUGAAUGGUUUCAUGGAAAUACAAUGCAACGUGAACGAAGUGAUUCAUCAUUAAAAUCAAAUUUUAGUCAAGCAUUUGCUAGUAUUAAUCAAGAUCUUAAAGAUACAUUUAAAUUUGCAAAUCCAGUUGAAAAUCAACCACCUGAAAUGACUGAAGCUGAACGAAAAAAUAGUCUUGUAACUUAUGAAGAAAAACGUCAGAAAAAUUAUGAAGAUGGAUAUAGAGAAUUAGAACGACGUCGACAAGCAUUACGUGAUCAAGAAGAACGUGAACAUAGAGAACGUGAAGAUCGAGAACGUAAACGUGAAUUAGAUUUACAAAAACAAAAAGAUGAACAAGAACGUAAAAAACAAAUGGAUUUCGAAAGACAAUUAGAACGACAAAGACAAAUUGAACAACAAAAAGAAGAAGAAAGAAGAAAAUUAUUUGAACAACGAGAAACGGCAAGAAAAGAAAUGGAACGUAAAAGUCGUCUUGAAUGGGAGCGUCAACGUAUGCAGGAAUUAUCUACUCAAAAAUCUCGUUUACUUGAACAAAUAAAUGAUUUAAAAUCUCGUGAAAAAGCACU